AUGGAUUUGGGUCCGGGUGGUACCCGACAACAUGCCACGGCCCAAGGCAAAACAAAGAGUGAAGAUCUCGCUCGUCUAUGCAAUAACCAGCGACGCUCGAGAGCGCGACGACAGGAAUACGUACACCAUCUAGAAAGGCGAGUUCGAGAGUAUGAAGAGUCAAGCGCAGCCAGAGAAGAGCAAAGUCAACUAGCAUUGCAGAAGCUCCGAGCAGAUAAUGAUGCCCAGAAACAGAGGCUUGAUGCUCUUAGUAUCAACCGGAGACAUGACAGAGUCGAAAGUGAACUCACGCCGAAUGUGUUUGAUACUCCGGACCCUCAACCCCUCAGGAACGUCCGAGCUACACGGCACGACGUCGCCAUCUUGUUGCAGUCAGGAGACCGUGUAUACAUUCAGCGCCAACGACGUCGACCUAUUGGCCCCGGCAGUCAAUCACUCGUCACUGAUCGACAGCUACCGGGGUCAUCAACCCGUCCAAACAAACGAUGUCAUGCAACAUCGAGAUUCUGGGACUCUGGAUACGACGGGCUCGAGCGCGACCCUCUGCUCUUUGGCGUAUAA